UUUGUGCUCAUUGAAGUCGUAGAGUAAAAGAUCUGAGUGUUAAUCUGAUUUGUAGGCUCUAUAAUUAGCAGAGCAGAAGCUUUUUCUCUCAGCAGGAAGAGAGUGAAAGGUCCAUCACUGCUCGUCAGUGGUGUGUUCGCAGUCAGGAAGAGAAGUGGGUUUCCUCUGUUUGGAUGAGCAGAAUCAGGCCGGACUCUUCACAUCUACAGGCGAGAGUUCAGUUGGAGGACCAAGCUGUAAAUUUAUCACCUGAGUUAAAAUAAAAUGGAAGAUGUCUCUAAGCCUCUGUCACCUUCAGCUGCAGAGUGUCAAGAUGACCAAGAACUGAUGCCAGACCAGAAUCCAAAGACUCUUGGAGAUGAUCAGGACCAGAAAUGUUGGCUGGUAAAUCCAGAUGAAGAUGAUAUCUCUGACAAAGUGCUUGAAGACCACAAUCCUCAUCUGGAUUAUGAACCAGAGGUCCAGACAGAAGACAGAUUUCCAACACAGACUUAUGAAGAAGACUUAUCAGGACAGUCAGAGUUCAGUCCAGUUGCAGAGGAGAAGAUCCAGGACUGUAUGGACAAAGCCUCCGGUGAGUAUCAGAACCGAUCAGGACCGGACCUGACGUCUGCUCCGACCAAUCAGGGAGAAGCUGGGGAGUCAGGUGGCUGCGUGCCGGCGCUGGUGGUCACUGAGGCGGAUCAGGCCCGUCGGUCAGCAGCGGUUCCUCAGAGAGCAGCGAGGCCUCCGGACCUGGUGAUCCCUGCAGCCAUUAGUGUGAGCAAUCUGAUCUCCAGUGGCGAUGGAGGAGACGCAAACUUAUGUGACCUACUGUCUCCAAGGAGCGACUCCUGCUCUGUGACCAGCGAGGUGACCAUCUCCAGGAGGAGUGAAGAGGACGAUACGAGGAGCGUCACUGCUUCGUCUGUCAUGUCUCUGUUCCACAGGGUGCAGCUGGAUCCGCUGGAGAAGGACUGGCUGAGGAGUUCAGCUGUGGGGAACAUGGCCGCUCAGCGCCUGCUGCUCGCUCAGGACCCCGGCCUCGUGUUGAAGAAGGACUUCGUCACUGAGUUUACGGCACUCCACUGGGCAGCAAAGCAAGGCCGUCAGGAGGCCGUGGACAUGAUGAUUCACUCUGGAGCCGACGUCAACGUCCGAUCGGUGAGGGUGUGUGAACAGGGUUAUACCGCUCUUCAUGUCGCCUCCAUUCACGGACAUCAGGAGGUGGUUCAGACCCUCAUCAGCACAUACAAUGCUAAAACGAACAUCAGAGAUUACCAUGGGAAGACAGCGGUUCAGUACUGGAGCGGCAGCACAGACAUCUUCAGCACAGCAGAUCCUCACACAAGCAGGAUGUUUUGCCCCGGUCGCCGUACGCAGCGCUUUGCUCUUCCAUCACUGCAUCUUUCUCGUUCUCGCAGUCAAGGACAGCUCCACCUGGAGUUCGGGGCGGUGCACCAGUCAGCGUCCUACGAAGCAUUGGACCUCCAUGUUUGACUUCCUUCCUGCUGGGUUUUAUUAGUCACCAGAGAACAGUGUGCAGCUUCUGUACAUGUAGUGAUUAAUUCUCAACUAGAAAGAUAUGGAACCUAAAUGCAAUGCAGAUUUUUUUAUUUUAAAAUCUUAAUUUUACAUUUAGUUGCAACUUUCACUCUCUGUUUCAACUUUAUUAUUUUAAAUACUUAAAUGUUAUUACCCUCAUUAAGCUCCACAGAAAAUUUUUACAUAACCCAUUGUACACAUCAGUUUGAAAAUAAAGAAUUAGACAAUUAUAAGGCAAUAUUUCAAGUGACUAUGCCAAGUUUGAAUAAAAACUUGUUAAAAAACAUG